UAAAUGUAAUGUGUGUGACUAUCAGAACUAAGUGCUAGCUUUACUCUGUCGGUCUAACCCCCAUACUAACUUCUGGCGAAUGGGCGUCCGAAUUGGCUGCUAGCUUUACGUUGGUGAUCACCUGAGGGAGGCCAAACUUGCUCAGCAGGUAACACAAACACAACAAAAGGGUGCAUCACAUGACUCUAAGUCGUGCUAAUCCGUGCAUGACACCACGCCAAGUUCUUUAAUAGAUACGACAACUUAAGUGAACACGUCGAGCCAAGAACGGCCAUCUGCUUGUCCAACGAUAUACAGUGUCAUCAUGGACUAUCUGACGUCACCGUCGGAAGAACCGCUGCUGACCUUGACCUUUGGUGACCUCCUUGACCAGGCGGCGGUCAGCUGGCCGGACAAGGACGCGUACGUCUUCUGUCAGACCGGAAGUAGGGUCACCUUUGCGGGACUGAAACAACAGGUGGACCGGCUAGCGGGCGGGCUGUUGGCCAUCGGGAUCGGCCGGGGCGACCAUGUGGGCUGGGUAGCGGCCAACAGGCCCGAGUGGGUCAUCAUCUUCCUCGCAGCCAUGAAGAUCGGAGCUGUGGCGGUUCCCCAGGAUCUGUGCUUCUUUGAGUACACGGAAACCACGGUAGUGAAUGUGCUGAAUAAGGCUGAGGUAAAAGUGCUGAUAGUCGAGGCGAGAGAGGACGGGACCACGCCUUUCCAUGACAUGUUCGGGGCGACAGGGGCUGGGGAACGGUAAGUACCACUUUUGGGCAGACUGCCUCACCUAACUACACUGGUGACCAUCGGUGACAGCAACCAUCGGGACUGCUACACACUGUCGGACCUUCUACAGAAGGGAGGAAACCAGGAGAUACAACAACAGCUGGCAGAACUACAGGCCCAGCUGAGCUGCCACGACCUGGCAUUACUGCAGCUCACCUCCGGCACCACGGGUCUGUCCAAGCUUGUGCAGAUGACGACCCUCGCUAUCCUCAAUACUAACCGGUACACCGCACUGGCGCUGCACAUGGACCAACAGUGCCGAGCAGCGUUCGCCACGCUCUUCUCUAACAUCGCAUGGAACAUCUGCCACCCCAUCAUUGUCGGCUGCACGUUCGUAGUGACGUCUACAGAGCAGCCGGACGCAGAGGAGAUUCUCUCAGCCGUCCAGGAGGAAAAGUGCACCAUGCUCUACUCUCUCUACGUGAAGAACUUCUACACCGUCUGUCACUAUCCUGAUCUCGAGAGGUUCGACCUUUCCACGUUAAAACUCGUGAUGACCGGUGGGAACAUCGUGUCCAAAGCGUUGAUUAUGACGUCUGCCGAGAAGCUACCUGACGUGAUCGUCGCUAAUGUGUUCGGCUCGACGGAAACUGGCUUCGUGACGACCACCGUACCGGAAAUGACGUCAGAGGCUCGGAAUACCACGGUGGGAGCGGUGCUACCACAUCUUCAGCUGAAGAUAACUGACGAUGACGGUAACAGCGUUCCCAGGAACACGAUAGGAGAAGUGACUGUGCGGGGAUACUCCGUGUUCCAACAGUACUACGGAGACCCGGCCAAAACCGAAGCCGCCAAGACAAAGGACGGGUGGUAUGGGAUGGGGUAUGUACAUGCGAUCCGGUGUGAAUCUAUUCCUCAGGAGAUGAUCAUUAAGGACUCGGAUAACAUCUUCCCUGGGAUGAUAGAGGGGCCGCUACAGGAGCAUCCGGCAGUGAAAGACGUCAAGGUUGUCGGAGUUCCAGACGCCGUGUACGGGGAAGAACUGUGCGCCUGCAUCAUCCUGAAGAACGGAGAAGGAGUUGGAGAGGAGGAAAUGAAGCAGUUUGCGAGCGCUAAUGGGCUGAUAGAAGAGUACAACCCUGGAUACAUCCUGUUUGUGGAUGAGUUUCCUAAGACAGCCAACGGACGUAAGGUUGAUAGGAGAAAGCUGAGAAGUGUCGCAAUGGAAUGGCUGGGACUGAAAGAACUGGACUCGUGAAGACCAACUUGUAACUUGUGGUCGAACGCAAACGGCAAUGCAGUCUAAUGAACAACAGAAUCAUUGACACUGUCUUAAAUUUUAUACUCCAUAAAAACAAUAAAAAAGCGAAGCCUACUGCCUCGAAUCGGCACCAGCAUUAUUAAAUCAACUGACAACUUGUAAGUUCGAAUUCUAAUGGCAAUGUCUUCUUUUUCCAUUGACUAAAUGUAACCUAACACUAGUCUUUGUUUUAACUUUGUUUUAACUUUGUUUUUUAAAACGUUUUA